AGAGAGAGAGAGAGAGAGAGAGAGAGAGAGAGAGAGAGAGAGUAGUUUCUUCACCGCCAUGGCAACAGACUUCAAGUCCAUACCCAUAAUCGAUAUUGGUCCCCUUUUGGCCAAGUGUGAUGAUCCCAAAAUGGGUCAAGACUCUGGUGUUGCUCAAGUUGUCAAACAAUUAGAUCAAGCUUGUAAAGAGGCUGGCUUUUUCUAUGUGAAAGGCCAUGGUAUUCCUGAGACUAUACUCAAACAAGUCAAGAAUCUGACACGCAAGUUUUUUGAGCUUCCAUAUGAAGAAAAACUCAAAAUCAAGAUGACUGCAGAUAGGGGAUACAGGGGAUAUCAGAGAAUUGGGGAGAACAUAACCAAAGGUGUACCUGACAUGCAUGAAGCCAUUGAUUGCUAUAAAGAACUGAAACCAGGGAUGUAUGGAGAUCUUGGAAAACCUAUGGAAGGAUGUAACCAAUGGCCAAUUCAGCCCACAAACUUCAAGAUGCUGAUGGAGGAAUAUGUUAGCCUCUGCACAGAACUUUCAAGAAAUAUAAUGCGUGGAAUCGCUUUAGCACUGGGUGGUUCACCAUAUGAAUUUGAAGGUGAAAGAGCUGGAAAUGCAUUUUGGGUGAUGCGGCUCAUUGGUUACCCGGGUGUACACUCUGCUAAUGGCUCAGACAUUCCAAAGGACGUUGGAUGUGGAGCUCACACUGAUUAUGGUUUGUUGACAUUGGUUAAUCAGGAUGACGAUAUAACUGCACUUCAGGUGAGAAACCGUUCGGGCGAGUGGAUAUCAGCUCCUCCUGUUCCCGGAACAUUUGUCUGCAAUAUUGGAGACAUGUUAAAGAUUUACUCAAAUGGUUUAUAUGAGUCCACUUUGCAUCAAGUUAUCAACUCCUCCCCAAAAUACCGGGUCUGUGUGGCAUAUUUCUAUGAGACAAAUUUCGAUACAGCAGUGGAGCCUCUGGAUAUUUGUAAAGAGAGGACAACUGGAGCUAAGAAAUUUGAAAGAGCUGUUUACGGAGAACAUUUGGUUAAAAAAGUCCAAACAAACUUCGUUUAUUAGUUGAAAUUUAGUGUAUAAAACAAUAAGUCAUUAUUGUAUCGAGUCAAUGAGCUCGGGUAAUUUGGUGAAACUAGUUUUCUUCUCGGUUUCUUUUAAGAAAAUAUUCGUUGGUUUCA